AUGUCGGUUGAACUGAGUAAAGUCUGGAUUAGCAAUGACCUGACACCUGAGCAAAGAAGUGAAUUAAAGAAACUGGUACCUGAUGCUAAAUCGAAAAAAAAUCAAAGACAAUUUUUUAUACAGAGUCAGAGGUCCUGUGGGAAGAUGGCGGAUUGUGAAGUUCAGAAAUUAACUGAUGAGGGUGUUGUUGACAGGAGGGCCAGUCGGAGGAUGAUUCAUGUUACAGCUCAAAAAUUAACCAUGAAAAAUUACAAUAAUUUAAAAAUUGGCCUGGGGCUCUUCAACAUAAGAUCUAUAAUGUCAAAGUAUGAAAUGGGUCGUCAGAUGAGUUUGCUGUUCGAUGCGCGGUGCCCCCUGGUUAUAAGUUUGUAUAUUACGUUAGAUCUCACGAUCUAUAUCAUGGCUGCUGUUUAUUUCAAGAAAGAAAUCAUUUAUAAACCAGUUGAAUAA